UUUUCAUAUCUAGGAUUACAGCCUGCUGAAGAGAUGGAAUGGAAUGAAUUUUGCAGACUAAAGGGAAAACCCCUCUGAGAUACUGGAGUAGAAACAUAAGGACUGCAGAGUGUUGGGUUACGGAGCAUUAUCCAGCAGGACCUCAGGGUCCCCCAGAAAACCUCUCGGGAAUUGCUCUUGCAUGGGUGAUCAGUAUUGUGAACUCUUCACAUGAUGCUAUAUGGAGCUUUCUGAUCUCAGAGAUCCUGAGGAAGAGGAAAAUACAAAUUAAUGGGAAAAGAGUUGUAAAUUAAAUCAGCCUUUGAAGGGAAAUAGGUUCAGUGGACACAAUGAGGAGAAUUCACAUAAAAGGAGAUGUUCUGUGCACCCUGAUCAUGUUGGGGCUACUCUGUCUGCUGUUGUAUGCCCACCAAUGCUUCACUCCCACCUGGGACACUUGGCACUUAGAGCAGGGCUCUACAAGCUCCCGUGCUCUUCUAGGGGCUCUACCAGAGAGCCAUGUGACUAAACUGGUCCCCUCUACACACCCAGAUAAGACAAAGUGCCAGUCUGAGCCUCAGUCACAUCCAAAAUCCAAACUUCAGUCUAAAUCCAAACCUAAGACCAAGACCAAAUCUAGACCCAAGUCAAAGAAAGAUGAGGGGACAAAGAAGGUUGCUCCAACAAAGGCUGCUCCUGUUUUACCCACACAACCACCUUUUGACUUUGAAGGUUACCUAAGAGAUAAGGACAACCGGGACUUCAGACUGCUGAUAGACCAGCCAGGGAAGUGCUCAGGUGAGCUUUACAUGCUCAUUACUAUCAAGUCUGUAGCAGCAGACUUUGAAAGGAGGCAGGUAGUGCGGCACACCUGGGGAAGAGAGGGUGUUCUCCAGGAUGGGCAGACAGUGAAGACUGUAUUCCUCCUUGGGGUACCCAGGAACAAGACAGCCCUGCCUUUAUGGGACCGGCUCCUUGCCUAUGAGAGCCACACCUUUGGGGACAUUCUCCUCUGGGACUUUGAUGACACAUUUUUCAAUUUGACACUUAAAGAGACCCACUUCCUCCAGUGGGUGAAUGGCAGCUGCUCCAAUGUCCAGUUUAUCUUCAAAGGUGAUGCGGAUGUCUAUGUGAAUAUAGACAACAUUUUGCAGAUGCUGAAGGGUCAGAAGCCUGACAAGGACCUCUUUGUGGGUGACAUAAUCCACCACGCCCGCCCCAUCCGCCGGCGCAGCAGCAAGUACUUUGUGCCUGAGUUUGUGUACGGCCAGACGAUGUAUCCGUCAUAUGCAGGAGGGGGAGGCUUUGUAAUGUCCGGUCACACCGCCAGGCGGCUGAGUGGAGCGUGUCAGCAGGUAGAAUUAUUCCCCAUCGACGAUGUGUUCUUAGGCAUGUGCUUAAAGAGAAUCGGAGUCAAACCGUCACGCCAUGAAGGUUUCCGUACAUUUGGAAUUGUGCGCCCCUCUGCUGCUCCCCACCUCCAGGUGUUUGACCCUUGUUUCUACAGGGAGCUGAUGGUGGUACACAGCCUGACAGUGCCACAGAUCUGGCUCAUGUGGAACCUGCUGCAUGACCCCCAACUGAGCUGUCACAGUAACCUGGCCCCCACCCCAUGGCCCUUUAAGUGGAGGGGCAAGGUACUCGGGACAACAGGACAGAAGGACUCCGAGACUACAGUGGAACAGGACUAUGAUGUUACAGUGUUUGUAAAGCAUUGAGGGCUUUGUGUCAUGUCGAUUAGAGGGACUACACUGUGAAAGAGCCAUUGGGAUAUGGAAGCUGUGAUUGAAUGUUUGGUACAGUUAUUUUUAGGUAACACAGUGGUUUUUGCUUAACAGUUUACAGCCAUGGUAAAUGUGCAUUGUCUCUAGGAAACAGUAUUUUUUUCUUAUAUUUUUCUUGGAAAAAUCCUGGAUGUAAAAACCAGUUGGUAAAUUUACUGUGGUGGUAAUGUUUUAAAAACACCCCUGCUCAAUUUAGGUACAGUAUGACUUACUUUGUUUAUUUUAUUGCACAGAGCCUCAAUAAGGUCAAUAUAGAUUGAAACGUGUGCCAGGUUGAUUUUGUGCAGUAGAAUAUACAGUUCGGCGUUGUAAAUGAAGUAUCUUUGUUUGCGUUCGUAAAUUCACUCUGAAUGUUAUGUGCACAGCACCUACUUUUUUAGUUCACAAUUAGCUACACUGAAGAUGACAAUCACCAAACCAAAGCCCAGAGUAAACCCUGAACAGUUGAGUGUGGUGUGCUUUCAUUUACAAUACUUCUGAUAAUCAGAAUCCUUACAUGGUGUUUCUUUUUAAACUUAUGUUCAGCUAUACCUCCAACUGUAGUCCAAAUGCUGUAAGUAGACGACAUGCUGUUGAUAUCAAAAUGUAAAGCAAUCAGUUAACACUGAAAUUGUCCCUGGUGGAAAACAUGUGCAUGUACUGCUUUUCUGUUCUUUAAAAUGAAAAAAAUACAACUCAAGACUUUUGUCAUAUUUAUUACAUCAACAUUUUCAUAUCCUUUUUGUACACACAGUAACAGGAUUUUUUUUUUUAUUAACAAAAUUCAGAAUGAGCAAUUUUAUAAAAUUCAAAUGUUGAGUAUGACAGUAGAUUUUAUGAGGAGCUCAUCUUAAUCACAGCAUUCUUGCAUCAUUCAGGAGCAUUGUGCAAGCUUUAAGCAGACCGUUCUGAUUCACCGUAGCAACGGUUAUUGCUUUUUAUGACAUGCUUGAUAAUGUUGAUCUACAUGUUCUUUAUUGUACAGAAGUAAAGUUAUCCAAAAUAUGACACCAGAUUCCAAUUAAUUUGAUUCACAUGUUGAAUUAAGGAUAACUCCCAUUUCCAGAACUGGGUUAAAUUGACUGAAUCCACCUAAAAUAACUACUUUGGGGAGUGGGGAUAAAACAUACAAUGUAAAGGGAGACAAUACAUAGCAUUAAUAGAGUAUUACACUCAACUGAAGUUGUUCAUUUAUAAUUACAGUCUUAAUUACAGUCAUUAAUUCAAUCCAAUGCAAAAAUAGGAUCAAUUGAGAGGAAAUAAAACAGCCAAAGCCAACAGCUGAAAAGGAAGCAUUCCUUUUCUCCUGGCAUUUAAAACAAGAUCUAUGUCCACCUGAGAUUGGGCUAACACAGCCCAGCUCAUGCUCAGCAGUAACAUUCCAGUAACGUUACCACAACAUCAGUUGUGUUGCAUUUGUUUGCUCGCUAAUAUAGAUGCAAACUCAUCUACAGUGAGUUAUAUCAGAUGCAACAAAUGUACCCGGCCGGGAUUGCAUUGCAUUGGAACUCCAACAACCAGUGUGUGUAGCUCAGGUCAUGAAGGGUUGGCCGGCGAUGACGGUCAGACUGAUGUUAAAACCAUAGUCUUGCUAUGAGAUGUUCAGUGAUAUACAUGUUUCUGUGUCCAGCAACUAGAACAAACCAAAACAAUGUAUUGUGUAUUGUGCAAAUCUUCUAAUCAGAACACCAGGGGUUGUUGAGAUGAGGAUUAGCCCUUCAUGACUGAGCUCAGGACCUGCACUGUACAUCAAGUCUUUAUUCUACAAUUUGUCAUGUUUUUUUUUGGAGCGAGAGGAAAAUGAUGGCCUAUGGGUGACAGUCAGUCGAUCAUGUUAGCUCGUCAUGCUCAGUCAUACUCAAUGCUGUUCAAUAGUUU